GGCCAAAGCAGAAGGAAGCGGCACCGGAGGCAAGACAGCGUCUUCUCGGUGGCCCCGGGCGCCUUUCCUCAUUGCAAACCAUGGGGCUCUCGACCAUGAACUGGAAGUACCUUCUCGGCUCAGUCCUGGCCGCUGCGGGGAUGCUGACCAUUGGGAUCUUGUUGGGACAUUUCGCGAUCCCCAAAGGAUCCCAGGCUCCUGGUUGGGUCCACAGCCUUUCCAGAGACCUGGAUCCAGCCCUUUUGGAAGACUUCAUGAACCAAGUGGAAGCUGCCCGGAUCCGAGAAAACCUCAAGACGCUGUCAGCCAAGCCGCACAUGGCGACCACGAAGGGCGACGAAGACCUAGUGCGGCUGAUGCUGACCCGAUGGCGUGACCCCGAAUCCGGUCUGGACAAGGCCACGGAGGUCCAGUACGAUGUGUUCCUGUCCUUCCCGGACCCAGAGAGGCCAAACAAUGUGGCCGUUGUUUUGGAAGAUGGCACCGUGCCCUUUACCUCCCGCGAAACAGAAGCGAAUCUCACUCUGGACCAAGUGGACAAAGACGUGGUGAAGCCUUAUGCGGCUUACGCUCCUCCUGGGAACCCCAAGGGAAAACUAGUCUAUGCCAACCAAGGCAAAACCAGCGACUAUGAAUACCUGGUCCAGCAGAAUAUUGAUCUGAAUGGUACAAUAGCCAUCACCCGCUACGGAGGGGCCGGACGGGCCGCCAAGGCCAUCAACGGAGCCAAAUACGGCGUCAUCGGCGUAGCGGUAUACACGGAUCCAGCCGAUAUCAAUGACAACAAGGCUUUGGCGGAGGAGACCUAUCCCCAUUCCUGGUACCUGCCCCCUUCCGGUGUGGAGAGGGGCUCCUAUAACACCUAUUUUGGAGACCUGUUGACCCCUUAUUAUCCAGCCAAAGGCUUCACUUACAGGAUCCCAGAGGACCAGAUCACAGGGAUCCCUCCGAUCCCAAUCCAACCCAUUGGCUUUGAGGAUGCGGAGACACUCAUUUGUAACUUGGCUGGCAUCAGAGCCCCAGACGACUGGCAAGGAGCGCUGGGUUGUGCCUACUCUCUUGGGCCCGGCUUCCGUCAAAAUGGGGCAUUCCCCAAUACCAGCGAUGUCCAAGUCAACGUCUAUAACCAGCGAAGGAUCAACCCCUCGUCCAACGUCUUGGGCCUGAUCCGGGGAAGCGUUGAGCCCGACCGCUAUGUCCUCUAUGGCAACCACAGGGACAGCUGGGUGCAUGGCGCCAUUGACCCCAGCAGUGGCACGGCUGUAAUGCUGGAGGUCAGCCGGGUCUUGGGCAAGAUGGUCAAGGAAGGGAAGUGGCGCCCACGACGCUCCAUCGUUUUUGGCAGCUGGGGCGCCGAGGAGUUUGGCCUCAUUGGUUCCACUGAAUACACAGAGGAAUUUUACAGCAAGUUGCACCAGCGCAGCGUGGCAUACAUCAACGUGGACAUCGCGGUCUUUGCCAAUGCUACCUUGAGGGCCCAGGGAACGCCGCCCGCGCAAAACGUCAUCUUCCAGGCAGCUCAGCAGGUCAAGACCCCAGCUGAGCCCUCCAUGUCUGUCUAUGAGAACUGGAAGCGCCACUUCAACCGGAGCAGCCCUGUCUAUGGCACCAUCCCCAGUUUAGGGUCCCUGGGAGCCGGGAGCGACUAUGCCCCUUUUGUGCAUUACUUGGGCAUCACAUCCAUGGAUAUCGCUUACACCUACGACCGGAGCAAGACUUCCGCCCGGAUCUACCCUACCUACCACACUGCCUUCGAUACCUUUGACUACGCUGAAAGAUUCAUAGAUCCAGGGUUCACCAGCCACCAAGCCGUGGCACGGACAGCCGGCAACGUCUUGUUGCGCUUGGCGGACACCUUGAUCCUCCCCUUGAACGUGAGCGACUACGGGGAAAUGCUGGAGCAGAUGUACGGAGCGGCCGAACAGGCCUUCCAGGCGGAACUGACCAAGAACAACAUCUCUCUGGCCCCGUUGAAGGAUGCAGUCACACGCUUCCAGUCCGCAGCCACCGGUCUGAACCAACGCAUUGCUGAUCUGCAAAAGGAUGGAGCGCCCAGCCCCUUCGACGUCCGGACGGUGAACGACCAACUGAUGCUGCUGGAAAGAGCCUUCCUCGACCCCAGAGCCUUCCCAGAGAAGCAUUACUACAGCCACGUCCUCCUGGCCUCCAAGUCCUCCUCCGUGGCCACCUUCCCAGGCCUCGCCGAUGCCGCGUCUGGCGGCAACUGGGACGAAGCCCGCAAGCACCUGACCAUCGUGACCCAAGCGGUCGAGAACGCUGCCUCCUUCCUCGAACCUGUGGCUGAAUAGCGGGAUCUUUAAAGCGAACCUUAAAUCCCUUACUGCAAAAAUAAAUCAAUGGGGUGAAAGAAAUGCCUAGCCUGGGCAUAUGAGCAGCCUGAGAAUGUACUAGAUCUCUCCUUUGUACAAAACAGCCCUAUAAGGUAGACCUGGGUUACCUGUCCAUAUCACAGGUGAGUGCAAACAGUGGACCAAGAGAAUAGCUGCCUCCCUUGGAGUUUUGGGGCUCAUUCCCCAGCCCCAGCGAUGGGCAAAACACAUCCCUAUGGACCAUGUGUGGCCCCAAGAUGAUCAAUGUUAGGGUUGCCACAUCUCAGAGUCCCCCCCCCCCAACUUUUAUGGGUCAUCCCCAUGUUGGAGACAGCAUUGCAAAAGUGGGCGAUGCUCAGCAUUAAGAAAGGACUGGGUGCAAAUCUCCAUCUCAGCUAUUAAAGCAGCGGCUUGCUCUGA